AUGUCUCCUCUUCCUCUUGUUGACUUCUCCGUCUUUUACACCGGCACCGAUGCAGAUCGCGCCAAACUGGCCUCUACUAUUGCCGAGGAACUCAAAAAGCACGGUGCCAUGCGCCUUAUUAACACUUCUAUCUCCGCCGAUAAGAUCCAGGAAGCUUUUAAAUGGGGCGAGAAGUUCUUCGCACUCCCUGCUAAGGAAAAAGAAGCCAUUCCUAACGAACGUAACGCUAAUCCCCAACGUGGUUGGAGCUAUGUCGGCUCUGAGAACACUUCUAAGCUUGAUAUGACCCAGAACGAAGGCUUAGAAGACGAAAAAGAGCAUUUCGACCACAGCUCUGGAGCUGAUACCGAAUUCCCUAGCAAGUGGCCCAUGGAGUCUAGCAUCCCGGGGUACCGACAAUUUAUGGAAGACCUGCUAGAAAAGUGCCACUCGGUCGGCUGGAAGGUGCUCUCACUCCUAGAGGAAGGCCUGGGUCUUCCGAAGAACGAGCUCCUGGGCCGCUGCCAGGAAUCGCCCAUCAUCGAUGAGCUGCGCAUGAAUCACUACGCCCCAAUAUCCACGGAGAAACUGGCGACCGGCAAGUACCGCCGCGCCUGGCCUCACACUGACUUCGGCAUGAUCACGCUCCUCUUCCAGGAUGACGCCGGUGGCCUCGAGGUCCAGGACCGCUUCAGCGACAAGCCUGAUGCGUUUAUUCCUAUCCAGCAUGAGCAUCCUACCGAGGUCAAUGUCUAUGUUAGCAACAGUCUCGAGUACAUGACCAACGACUAUCUCAAGGCGGGCUUGCACCAAGUCGCUACUCCCAUCGACAUGCAGGACGUAAAGAAGGGUAUGCUGCCGGAGCGCCAGUCGAUUGCUUGUUUCAUCAAGCCCCGCCGCGAUGUCAACGUUGGGCCGAUGAAGCAGUUUAUUACCAAAGAAAGGCCUAGGGUCUACGAGGACUUGACUGGGCUGGAGCUUCACAGGGUUAGAGUUGGCAAGUUGUACGGAGUAGCUGCCUAG